AUGUUCAUCCCUUAUGCACAGAAUGAUAUCAUUCGCAAUCCGGAAAACAAGUCCUGGCUCCAAGAUCGGCUUGUCGGCUGUCAUCACGAACGUUCUGGGAUACCAUAUUCGGUGAAAAAAGCUGUGGUGCAGUUCGGAGACAACUACAAAGUUCAGAGCGGCCCUGGUGCCUCUGCCAUUAGCAGUGUGUCUGAACUUGCACCGGUCAAGCAUCAUGUGCCAAUCUGCAAGGCACUCUACACAAACAUGAUAAAGAGAGGUACCGAAAGCGGCGAGGGAAUGACACGAGAACAAUCAAUCCAGUAUCUAGAAUGGGUCCUGGAUAAACUUCAAUCCAGGGAAGGGUUUGAAGGGGGUGGAACGCUCAGCAUCUAUGAUUUCGAGCCACCGAUCCCGAGAAAGCCGGGCAUGCGCGAAAAGUUUCGAGACGGGGCUGACCUGAGCCGCAAGGAUUAUGAACAGUGGGUGUCGUGGGCAGUGGGACUCAUCUGUGACUGGCCAGAGAAUCUCUUCUGCGGUGAAUCUUCCGGAGACGGCAAUGGAAAGAAGACGGAUUGGCCGACCAGAAGUGCUACCUCGGAUCGCGUACGGAAGGCAGCGGAGAUCAUGAGAUAUUUCAUAUAUGACUUGUCUAUCGGACCCUACCACAUACACAAUGAGCCCACAAACGAACUUUUCGCCACCAACCUGAUUACAGACGAAACGUACGAGCCCGACCCAUUGGGUGACGAAAGUUGGUUACCAUACACUUAUGAAGAACAGGAGGAGUAUGCGGCCAAGUCGAGAGUCCCAAUUGGGUCAGAUAUCAUCGAGGACUCGCAGGAUCUGCCCAUCGACUUCACAGGAUCUCAAUAG